GGAUUCAGCACAUCAGAUGGACAAAAAAAACGAAGCUCCAAAGCUAGAGCUAGAGUCGAUGCUACCGCUAUUGUUGUAGAAAUACUUAAAUAAAAGAAGAUUUACGAAGAGUGAAGAGAAGGCGGCUUUUAAACGCGGCCUAUAGGAAAGAACAUAAAAUAUUUACUACGUAUAUUUAGCAAAGUUUCAAAUUAUUAUUUCAAGAACRAGGCGAAAAUGAUCGAUUUGAAGUCAACAAAUAACCUUACAAAUGGAUCGCAGGGUAUUGUUAACUCCACGAGCGAGCCUGAUAUACCUAAAUUCUCGACAUCAACAGUGGUGCUCAGUUCACUCUUUGUUGUAAUUCUAAUAAUUCUCACGAUAUUCGGCAACGUUUUGGUCAUCAUGGCUUUUAAGACAUUUCGUCGCAUGCGACAAGUGACGAAUUAUUUCGUUGCAUCGUUAGCAGUAACUGAUAUCUUGGUUGCAGUCAUUGCGAUGCCAAUAUGGGUGGCGUACCUCAUAACAGGACCACUAUGGGUCUUUGAUACAGUUUUACAAAUGCUUUGGACAAGUACCGAUAUAAUGUCUGGCAUAGCAUCUAUCUGGCAUUUGACAUUCGUCAGUAUCGAUCGUUAUCUAUGUAUUGCAAGUUCCUUAAAGUAUCGCUCCAUCAUGACGAAUGUUCGAGCAGUGUUUAUAAUAUUAGGUAUAUGGCUGUACUCGAUAGUCAUAGCUUCGGUUGCACCGACACUGUGGGCCUGGAGAGGAUACAGCCUUGUGGUAACUUUAUUAAACUUCAUUAUCCCUGUCAUCGUUAUAUCGAUUGCAUAUUUUCGUAUCUUUCAACUGGCAAGAUAUCACGCUCAUCAAAUAGAAUUAUCUCUGGGUGGAAAACAUGGCCGUUUUUUUAAAAAAGAACUCAAAGCCACGAAGACUUUGGCAGUCGUGAUAGGUGCCUUUUUGAUUUGUUGGUCGCCAUUCUUUGGCCUCAAUUUGUCAUACUAUAUCUGUGGGUGCCCACCUUCGCCUGUCAUUGUUGCCAUAGCAAAAUGGGCUCACUAUGGCAACAGCUGCUUGAAUCCUCUUAUCUAUGGCGUCAUGAACAAAGARUUUCGGAGAGCCUUCAAGAAGCUGCUGGCACCAUACUUGCCAGUAAAUGCACCCAAUAUCUUGACCACAAAUGGAGGGCUAAAUUCAGCAUCAAGACAAUCAGUAGACACAGGCCAACAUCAAGCCAUUUAUCAGCUGAGAAAUUCAGGGGAAAUGGAAGAACAGCAUCGAAGUUCAUCUUUAUAGCGUCAUGCAUGAUGAAUCUAGAUACACUUAAAGUAUAAAUACUAUCAUACUUCCUCUCAGAUCUUUCUAGCUUAGGCAUAAUGUUUUGUUUCCAUUCCAGACCACGCGUCAUUCCCUUGAAAAUAGGAUUCUUUGUUUGAUUUAUUUCCAAUAUUUGUGUCUUCUCUGAUACACAACCUUUAAGCAAAGAAAUGAUAUUCUUGGGAAUGACACGUGAUUUCCUCCCUCAUUUUAAUCUAAGUCGUCAAUGGGUUUCCCCGGUGCGUUUAGGAAGGUGCAUAAGUGUUACCAAAGCUUUGCCAAACUCAAAAUAGGACAACAUUCCCUUUUCAAUGCAAUCGUGAAACAUUUGUCAUAUCGAACGACAUUUAUCAAAUUGAGAGCAUUAGCUUUUGGUACGUAAAUAUUCGACGUCCUGAAAAAUCUGAUUUAAAUACAUCAAAAUUUUCAAGGCCCCGUCCACACUAUGCCGGAUAAUUUUGAAUCUGAAUUUUUAUUUAUUCGGUUAAGUCUACCGUCCACACU